AUGCGCUGGUGGGUCUCAAGCCUAGACCUCGCUUCGACUGCCAAGUACAACCUGGCAGCACGUUGGCUCUUGCGUCAGACUGGCAUAGUGCGUCAGCGAGGGGAAGAGUUUAACCCUGAGGACUUGGCUUACAAGCCUGCGGAAAUGGGCAUUGACCCGACCACCAACGAUGAGAUCGAGAUCACUCCUCCCGACUACUUGCGUGGCUUGAACAAGCUGCUUGACGCCCUUGAGUCGAUCAAUGGCCAGACGGUUUUGGACAAGCGUGGUGAACUGCGAAGCCAAUUUUAUUUGGAACUUCAACGAAAGCCUGGGGAACGGUUGAGUGAGUUCUGCACUCGGUUCAGGACACUUGUUGCUGACCUCCAAGCUGAACAAGUUCACUUGCCGGCCUCUGAACUCGGUUGGUUCCUCAAGAACAAGAUUGGCCUUGAUCCUCUUCGUCGCCAGUUGCUUGAGACGGCGCUUCAAGGCCGAGAGGAAUACAAUGUGAUCGAGGCCGAAGUUCUCCGACUCUUCAAAGACCUGCAUUUGGCUGAUCCUCUUCACCGGAAGUUUGGCCAAGGUGGUGACAAGCCGAGGUUGUCGAUUCGUCGGAUGUUUCAGUCGGUUGGUCCUUCGUCCUCCGCUUCGUCCUCUGCUUCGACCAUUAGUAGAAGUCCCUCCAUGUUUUCCUCAGCGUCCUCCUUUCGGAGACCUUCGACGGCCAGUGUCAGCAGUGCCCCAACUCGGAAGGUCUAUAUGGCUGAAGUGCCUGAAGAGGGCCAUGAGGAUGGACCUGUUGAAGAAGUCUUGGAAGCCUCAGCUGAGACUGCUGAGGAUGUGGAAGAGCCAGGACUUGUGGACUUCCUCCAGUCUGAAGCAGAAUGCCUUGCCACGGAACUUCAGGCUGCUGAAGAACAGGGUGCCGAUCCAGACUUGUUGCAAAGCGUGGAGGCCGAUUUUGAACAGGCAGCAGAGGCAUUAGUCACAAUGAAAGAGGCUCGCUCCAAACUCCAAGAGCUUCGAAAAGACCGAGGCUUCGGUAAGCCUUCGCCAGGAGGCCCAGCUGGAGGUGCGAAGAAUGCUGGAGUGCCAGCAGCAAGGAAAGCGUCAGGUCGCCACCCAUGCUUUGACUGCAACCAGCAUGGUCACUGGGCAGGCGACAAAGAGUGCCCAAAGCCAGGAGCAGGACUUGGACGCAAGCCGUUGGCUGUGGCAAAAGCAAAGCCGCGGCAAGUGCGAGUGACUGAAGCGCUUCAUGCAGAACAUGAUCCCAGCACUGUUUUGGUUGGUACUUCAUCCUCCUCACCUCCAUCGGCAUCACUCCCGGUUGACCCCAAGGUUCAUGAAGCCUCCAUGGUAAACCAUGUAGGGUCUCUUCGUUUGGACCAAGCUCUGGACUUCACCAUCAACAACCACCGGGUUUCUCACGCAGCCUUGAUCGCUGGUUCGCCGCCCGCCUCUCAGGUGCUGUCAGAAGAGAAGAUUCUGGUGGGCGCCUUGGACUCGGCCUGCAACCGUACGUGUUGCGGUGAGUUUUGGUUGGACACUUAUGUAGAGCAUCUGAAGUCCUCUGCACCCGCUUGGAUCACCAAUCUGAUUGUGAAUGUCGAUGAGACCGAGCGUUUCAAGUUCGGGAACGGUGGAACAGUCCCCUCAACCAAACGCUGGCGAAUUCCAAUUUGUUUGGGACAGAAACGUUUGCUGCUUUUAUGGAUUUCAGUUGUUCCGAUUAGUUCAUUGGGAUGUUUGCUUGGUCGUGACUUCAUGGACGCCCGUGGAGCCGUGCUUGAUUUUGGGAACCGCACUGUUGAAUUUCGCUUCAUCCAGCUCCAAAGGCUGGACCUGGCACAAAUGUCAGCUGGGCACUUCAUGUUGCCCCUGCAGCCGAACGUCCUCGAGCUCCUCGAUUACCAGAUCAGCGGCAUGGCGACUCCGGCAGACACUCCGUACGAGCUGAUUCCAUUGACGCCCAGCUUGAUUGCUCAGUACACGGAGCAUGUGGGAAGUCGAGCCUUCGUACCAUACCGGUGGAGAAGGUUCAUCCUUCGCAUGUUGGAUCGUGCCUUCUGGCACGCACGAAGCUUGCUGCUUUGGUUGGCGCCGCGCUCACAUUUGCGGUACUUGCCUUUUCCUUACCCUGCCAUUUCGUCUGUGACCGAUUGGAAGCUGCAAGCGCAGACUAUGGUGGACAACCACUCGAUGAGCCGCCGUCACCACUACUAUGCCACCAACCGGAACCUCUACACGGAUAUGAUUCUUCAGACUUUCCUCUUGACUCGGCAGAUGAAAGGGCAUGGUCAACGGGUGAAGCAAGCUGCAUUGGACGAAGCCCGAGAGCGAGCUCGCCAGGAGACAGCAGUUCAGGAUCGAGAGAUUUUGGCCCGUCAGAUGAUCGGUCCUCGUGGUGGACUACCACCUCUCCGAGCCGACCUUGUUCGUUUGGCCUUGCUGUUGAAUGUCGAGGUCGAUGCGAAGGACACGAUUGCCAAUUUGCAGAAGAAGAUUCGGCCGAUUGUGGACAUUCUCAAGCAAAAACCCACUCCGGCGAGCAGUUCAACCUUGAAGCAUCAGACGGUCCCUUCCACUCCUCCGGGACGAUCUGGUGUAUCAACAUGGUCGAGUCCUCCGAGUACAGCGUGGGCCCAAGUGGACCGAAUGACUCCACCUCUGACUCCAGAGCAGCGAGCCGACAUGGGCUCCAACAUCGGACAGGAACUCCAUGCCAUGGAGCUGAAGGUGCAAGCGCUGAUGAAGGCCCAGGACGAGCGCUUCAAUGCGAUGAUGCAAACCGUCCUCCAGGCCGUGCAGAACCAGCAGAGUGGAGCCUCCGUGGAUGCCAAGAUCGAGAUUGUGGACUCGGAUUGA